AUGAAUUCAUAAUAAAAGAAGGAUCCCACAUUACCUGCUGAUUAUUCCCCUAAAGCUGAUAACUCUGAUAUACCUUUCUAUAUGAGAAUAGCUGUAUGUCCUGCUCCUGGAGGUUAAUUACCAGAUAUGAAUGAAAUCAGAGCUAUUGAAAGAAAGAACUAUGAAGAAUAUCUAAGAGAAUAGAUGAAAAAUCCAUCAAACGAAGCUUGA